UCUGUCCUGGCGCGUCGCAAGAGCGAGAGUUUCCUAGUCUAACUUAUUUUUGUUUCUCCGAUCGACCUGAAGCUUGCUGCGGACACGGUCCACUCGCCAUCCGUCGUGGAACCCCUCGGAUAGAGCGUCUUUCCUCCGUCAACUCCCAGUCGUCAGACGUCCUCUCCUUUCAGCUUGCCGAAAAAUUCCCCUUCUGUCAAUUCACUUCUGCUAUUACACUUUCCCGCCAAGAUGAGCCCCCGAACCCGAUCACAAAAAGCCGCCGCCGAGCUAGUAGCAACCGACCCAUCGCCAGCGGUCAACGGCACCCUCCAGGAGUCGUCGAAAGGCAGCGGAGUGGACGCUGCCAAUGACGAUGUGCAGGAGAAUGUUUUCCUCUUCGCUCCGAACCUAAUCGGAUAUGCGCGUGUUGUGUUGACGAUGGCCUCGCUCUACUAUAUGCCCCUACACCCGCGGACGUGCUCCCUUCUAUACAGCGUGUCGUGUCUGUUGGAUGCCCUGGACGGAUAUGCGGCGCGGUACUAUAAUCAGUCCACUACCUUUGGUGCGGUGCUGGACAUGGUGACAGAUCGGUGCACGACCGCGUGCCUGUUGGUGUUCCUGAGCUCCGCCUGGCCGCGGUGGGCCAUCAUCUUCCAGAGCUUGAUCGCUCUGGACAUGGCCAGUCACUACAUGCACAUGUACGCGACUCUUAGCAUGGGUGGCUCCAGCCAGAGCCACAAGAAGGUGGAGGCUAGCCGGAGCUGGGUUCUGUACCAGUACUACCACAGCAGGACGGUUCUGUUCAUUUGCUGCGCGCUGAACGAGCUGUUCUUCAUCGGACUGUACCUGCUGUCGUUCUCCUCCCCCACCUUGUCCCCGUCCCUCCUGCAGCCGGUGAGCACCGCUAGCCCCUGGAGUGCGGGUGCUCUCGAGAUGGCCCGGGCGAACAAGAUUGACAGCUUCUGGCCCUGGGUGAUCACGGGUAUCUCGGCCCCCGUCAUGGCCCUCAAGCAGUUCAUCAACGUGGUGCAGCUGGUCAAGGCGAGCAAGUGGCUGGUGGAGGGUGACAUGGCCAGCCGCAAGGCCUUGCGCGCUGGCAAGAAGAACUGAGUUGAUGUGAGUUCGUGGCUUG